UAAUUAAACAAUUAUAGUAAUGAAAUUAAGUGCAACACAUUCGCAUUUGGAAAUGCAAGGAAUUGCUAAGGUCAAUUCAAUUCAAGGAGCUACGGACAAUGCGACUGCAGGCAACGUCACGCCAGAAUUGGCCAAAAGUGAGACGGAAUCCAACUCAAUACAAUUGCAACGCUUGCCAAGGAAUCUGCUGCUGAAGCAGUGUCUCAUCAACGACACCGAAUCGGCAACGGAUAGCAGUGAGCAAUUCACGGAAAUCAAACCACACCAGAGUAGAGUCGAUCCACAAAAGACGCCAGCAACAGGAAAAUCGCGCAGAAAACGCGACUUGAUCAAUCUGCAAUCGAACCUGACCGCCAAAUACAUUGGCUAUGCAAAUGCCAACUCGCCAACAGCAACAACAGCGUCUGAAAGCACUGAGCAGCAAAUGCGCACAACUCGACGGCGAGCACAUGACACAACCUUGAACAGCAGUAGCGCCGAGCUGAGCGGCAGAGAUAGCGAUGCCGCAUCGCCAAAGACUCUGGUCACGGGCAUUUUGACAGCUCGCCUUGGUGAUGCCUAUCUGAGUCCCAUCGAUAAAUUGCUGAUCAAGAAUGGCGCCAACUCGCCCAACAGCACCGGCUUCGAGGCGGAUGCCGAGGAUGUGGCUGCAGUGCAGCCAUCGCGUAAGACUAUCAAACGUAAACUAAAACGCGGUCUCAAGCCAAAGACUAACAAAACGAAAGAAACUGAAAAGACGGCAGCAAUGGAAAUGGAAAGGUUACCAGCUGAUCAGCAGGAGCUGCAGCUGCAACCGCAGUUGGAUCAGUUGCCCAUAGAAACAAAACGCAUCGUAGAUAAUGUUGAGCAGGAACAGGUCGAAAUCAAGAUUGAAUUAGGCGAUGAAAAUGCCGCAGACAAUAUCGCUUACACUGAACUGGAAACUGAAGCCAUGGCUUUGGAGCAAACAAGUACAGAGAGUAGACAGGCUGAGAUGAUUUUUGCGCUACCAGAGACGACUGCAACAGAGUUGGAUGCACUGAAAACACCGCCAGAUCUUAUAGAGCCGGCGAACAAUAGCGAACAAUCUAUGAAAUCCCCGUCGUCAAUUAGUUUGGAUAGUGCCAAGGGUUUGUCGAUAGUCACCGAUUCGGGCUGGCCCGCCUAUCAGAUGGGUGAUCUGUGCUGGGGCAAAUUGUUCACCUACUGCUACUGGCCUUGCAUGAUCUGUCCAGAUGAGCUGGGCCAAAUUGUAGGCGAUCAGCAGACCCAUCCGCAGCGCAAGUCAACGGACAGUGUGCCGGGAGCGACGGUUAGCAUUCAGGUGCAUGUGCACUUUUUUGCCGACAAUGGACGCCACAAUUGGAUAAAAUCGGAGUUUCUUUUGCCCUUUGCCGGCCUUAAGGCCUACGAGGAGCUGCGCGAAUCUGUGCGCAUCCAGCAUGGUCCCCGAAGCUUCAAAUACCGCCAAAUGGUAGCCAAACAGAGCAGACAGCAUGUCUGGCGCCAAGCUAUCGAUGAGGCCAACAUUGUCGCCCAGAUCCCAUACCCAGAGCGGGUGCAAAAGUUUUAUGAAAUUCACGAAAACAACGUCACACAGAGCAAGCAGAAGCGCAAGCAACCGAAGUCGAUACGAGGAGGCGACACUUCAGAUGUGGGCAGCAGCCUCUAUGAUUCCACGGACAAUUUGAAUGGCAAGCCGUCCGCUAUGCAAAUUGUGGCUGUGAAACGGGAACGUUCCUCCUCGCCGUUCAGUCCGGCCUUCUCCCCCGUGAAGCACAAUCAUCAGAAGCGAACGAAGCGACGCAAGCUGAGUGGCAGCGUUGAGCAGCCGAUGGGCUUCGUUUCAAUUUCGGAGGCAACGGACGAGAAGCCAAUCUCAAUGGAUUUGGGCGACUGUGAGGAUCCCGAGUUCGGGCAGCUAUUCGAUGCCAUUAAGGAGUAUGUGACGGUCCAUCAGAAUGACGACAACAACGACAAAAUUCUUAUGGCGGUGGUGAAUAACAUUUGGUAUCUGAAACAGCUGAAGCUGCGCGACCUGAGUCGCAACUUGGUCGAUGGCGAUGUCGAGCUCUUGGGCUCGGCUCGUGAGGAAUCGGAACGCGGGCGGGGCAUUUACAAAAUUAAACGCCUCUCGAAUCGCCUGAAAACAAUGGUGCUUCGCCGCAGCAUAACGCCAAUUGUGAUGCCAUCACAGCAAUUGGCAACAAGAGCAGAUGCUAACCAACCGGAACGCUCUCAUGCCGUGCAGGCGAAGGUACGGAAACCCGUUGGUCGACCCAUCGAUGAAGUGAUCGGGGAUAUACUGUUGCUGGAUCGCAAGUACCUGUUCCGCGGGCUCAAUCGGGAGCCCAUUUGCAAAUACUGCCACCAGCCGGGUGGAGAAAUACAGCGCUGUUCGCAACAGUGCAACACCUGGUUGCAUGCCGCCUGCCUGGAGCAGCAAAUGACUGAAAGUACAAAGCCAACCAGGGGCCUUAAGCCAAUUGCAGCUGCUAUUGCAAGUCAGAGUCUCCAGCCGCUAACCAGCUCGUCGCCCAUUUCAGACGUGGAACCAUUGCUGAAGCACAUAACUGGCGAUGGCGUACAAACCGAACCGGAGGAGGCGAAGGAAGCGAUCAUAUGUGUUGAGUGUGCCAGUGGCAAAUCGGAUAUUUGUUGCAUCUGCUAUCAACAGGAAAUGCCAGUCGCUUCGCUCCACAACGAUGGGGAUGGAUUAACCAUUGCUGAGAUGGCUCAAGAAUCAACUGAGAAGUUGAUGGGCUGCUGCCAGCCCAUGUGCAACGCCAAAUUCCAUGCCAGUUGUUGUAAGUAUUGGCCGCAAGCCAGCGUCAGCAACUCAUCGCCCACGUCGCGCUGUCCGAUGCAUGUGUGCCACACCUGCGUCUCGGAUGAUCCCAGCGGCAAGUAUCAGCAGCUGAACAAUUCUAAGCUGACCAAGUGCGUCAAGUGUCCGGCAACAUAUCAUCAGGAUUCGCGUUGCAUUCCGGCCGGCUCACAGAUGCUAACGCUCACCCAUCUCAUCUGUCCCAGACACAACAUUGCCAAGGCGGAUGCCAAUCUGAAUGUGCUCUGGUGCUACAUCUGUGUACGGGGCGGCGAGCUCCUCUGCUGCGAGACCUGCCCCAUUGCGGUGCACGCGCACUGCCGGAACAUUCCAAUCAAGCCGAACGAGAGCUACAUCUGUGAGGAGUGCGAGAGCGGGCGACUGCCGCUCUACGGCGAAAUCGUUUGGGCCAAGUUCAACAAUUUCCGAUGGUGGCCGGCCAUCAUAUUGCCGCCGACAGAGAUACCCGUCAAUAUACUGAAGAAGCCGCAUGGCCUCAACGAUUUUGUGGUGCGUUUUUUUGGCACCAACGAUCAUGGCUGGAUAUCGCGUCGACGCGUCUAUCUUUAUAUUGAGGGCGACACUGGCGACGGUUACAAAAACAAAUCGCAGAUGUCGAAAUACUACAAGAUCGGCGUGGAGGAGGCGACACACUUCCUCAAGAUCAUCAAGGCGAAACGGCAGGAGCAGGCAAUUGGUCGCUUAAGUGGCAACAAACUCCAUCCGCCACCCUACAUCAAGAUCAAGGCGAACAAAGCGGUGCCGCCCGUGCGUUUCGUUUACAGCGAGGAGAGCCAGAACAUAUGCGUUUGCAAGCCGGACAGUGAACAUCCUUGCGGCCCUGAAUCCGGUUGCUUAAAUCGCAUACUCUACCACGAGUGCAAUCCGAAAUACUGCAAUGCUGGCAAAAAAUGCGAAAAUCAAUUGUUCGAGCUGCGCAAAUCGCCCCGUCUCGAAGUCGUUUAUAUGAACGAGCGGGGCUUUGGUCUCGUCUGCCGGGAGGCGAUUGCCGAGGGUGACUUCAUCAUUGAGUAUGUGGGCGAGGUGAUCAAUCAUGCUGAAUUCCAGCGACGCGUCGCACAGAAGACGAACGACAGGGACGAGAACUUUUAUUUCCUGGGUGUGGAGAAGGAUUUUAUCAUUGAUGCGGGACCCAAGGGCAAUUUGGCCCGUUUCAUGAAUCACUCGUGCGAACCGAACUGUGCCACACAAAAGUGGACUGUUAACUGCAUUAAUCGCGUUGGACUGUUCGCUAUCAAGGACAUUCCAGAGAAUACGGAAUUGACGUUCAACUACUUGUGGGAUGACCUCAUGAAUAAUGGCAAGAAGGCCUGCUUCUGUGGCGCUAAGCGCUGCUCCGGCGAGAUUGGAGGCAAACUAAAGGACGAGGAAGUUAAGGAAUCGAAGGUGAAGCAAGUGCCACGCCAAAAAGGGAUUCGAAUCCAGGUCGCCGUGCCCAAGAGGAAAGCAAAAAAGAAAUCCGAAAUAAAGCACAAAACUGCCGACAACGUACCGACAUCAGAGGAUACUGGCCACAGGAGUCGUAGUUAAAUUGACAUUAUUAGUUUUUUUCUGUUACUCAUUAGCUUCGUUUUUUUAAAUACUUGCAUGGCGCCGGAUCAUGGACGCUUUUUUAUAUGCCUAAAUAUUUAUUGUUUGUUGUAAGUUAAAAAGUUUAAAGGACCGUUCAUUCAAAUAUUAAUUUUUUCAAGUUGAACCUAUACAUUUUAUACAAAUAAGUCAUUGAAUAUGAAAAUAAAACGAGACGUGUUUGUUAGAUUUCAGUUUCAUUGCAAUACAAAAAUUUAUUUC